CUGUCUCAUUUACACACAAUUACAGGGUUUCAAUUGUUUCUCUUACUUUGACAAUGCAACAUACUGAACAUAUAUCAGUUCUCACUCUUUAUUUAUUUAUUUUUAUUUUUUUCCAUUUCUGUAUUUAUGGAUUCAAUUUAAAUAUUUUUUGCCCAGCCCCAAUUUGGGUCGGUGAACUAUACCCAGAUAGUCUAAUCUCCAUACAUAAAAAAAAUGUUGGUAUCGGUUUUCUCACGGUAUAUUAAGUACAUUACAGCACCUAACAGUUCUCUAGAUUUUUAUUUUUUUUAAUAAUACUGUACAGGCAUUCUCCGAUUUAUGAAAGGGUUCCUUUCUUGAAAAACCUUUUGUAAAUCUGAUCCAAAUUUCCAAUCGGUUCCCAUUGUAAAAGCUGAGAUAUGUUCCAAUGAAAAAAAUGCUUCCUCAAAUUGUUUUGAAAUGCCACAAGACAUGUUUAAUAAUUUUUUUUUUUAACACCUAGAUUAUAACCCAAUAAACAACGAAUUAUUGUACAGUACAUGCUGAGUAGUAUGAAACACUGCCUACAUCUAUGAUAAAUACAAGUUACGGUAGUGAAAUAAGUCACAGAUAUGGCAGCAUGCCUGGACCUCAUCAGCAAGUUGGAGAGGACACCUAUUACAAAGGAGGUCCUGGAGUCCACCCGACUAGGAAGACACAUCAACAAUAUCCGUCGUAAGACGAAUCACCAAGAGCUUUAUCGGCGAUCUAAAGAUCUUGUACGCAAGUGGCGUAAGGAAGUGUUGGCAGAUGGAGUCAAUGGGGCAGCUGGACCAGGGCCUGGACCUGGCGGGACGGGGUCUACUGGGACAGGCGCAAGAGGGGCGGGUAAUGGGCAUCCUCCAACUUCACCAUCUUCCUUACCGUCCAGUGGCAACACAAGUCCAGGAAUGUCUGCCCCCACCACUCCCUCCACCCUGGUCCAGCGGACUCGCACGGCAUCUCCUACCCUAACCACCGCCCACUCAUCCCGCCCACUCAAACCCGCAUCUCCUGCCUUACUCCGGGGGCGUGUCUUGAGUCCAGGGCUAAGUCCUGCUUUAGCGACAGUGUCACCAGCCAUCACUCCCCCUUUAGCAAUACCUGCCCGCCCACGGUCCCGCCCGCAUUCACCGGCAGUUAAUCCCAGCAUGCGGCAGCCAUCUAGAGCAGAUGCUUCCUCCUAUGCCCCAAGUACUGAAAAUGUAGCGAAAACUAAUACAGCUAACAAAAGAUUAAGAAAAGAUGAGGAGGAAUCUAGUAGUGAUAUUCCAGUGGCCAAGCGACCUAGAAACAAUGUAACCAAUGGUUUUGAUGAAGAUAGUAGAGAAAGUUUUUCCAGUGUAAUUAGUAAUGAGUGUACUUCUAAAAUAACUAGUGGAGGUAGUGAUACUAGUAAAAUGCGACGAAUAGCCAAUAUACAUGCUAUUUCAAAGAGAAAACCAAACAUAAGUGAAACACCUCAUGCUACAAAUACCCCAGACCUGCUUCAUCAAAAAAUGGCUGCCCUUCCAAUGUCUACUAAGGCCUCCAAAGUAAAAACAACGUCUCAAAUUGUUGCGGAACUUGCUGAGCGAAAAGGUGAUAGUAAAUUAGCAGAAAGAGCAACAAAAUUAGAAGAACAACAUGUGCGGGAUUUUCCAGGACCUGCAACAACUCUUGGCAUGGGUAGAACGACUGAUAAUGCACUUGUCACUCGUAACAAAAUGGACCACUUGCAGCGCUUCCUCAGUUCACAGCCUGGUCCUGCAUUUGAAGAAUUUCCAAGUGCUGAUGAAGACAGAGGCUCAGUAUCUUCAGAAACAGAGGCCAGAGGAACCACAAGUGCCCCGGUUUCUCCAUCACGUGGCCCACCAGACCUCCCUCCACCAAUUAUGACGCCAAGUAAUCUUGAUCUCCUUGGUGUCAUGCCUCAUGAAACUGCCGAGGAGAUACUGGCACGCCUUCCUCCAAUUGACACCUCAAGUAUUGUAUGGGAUGACCCUGAAGAACAAGUUUAUGAACAAGAACAGGGUGCCGAGAAUCAAAGUGGCUCCGAACAUAGUGACUCCGAAGAUGAAAUGGAGAAAUUAGUGCGACAAUCUGAACAGGUACCCUCAGAGGAUAUAAAUACACUUCAUACAACUAAUCUGGACUGUCAGAAUGGUAAUUUUGAUACGGAUGGAAAGUUCAGAGAGUGGCAUGAAGUGAUUGUCAAAAAAGGCUACCAGGAUGACCCAUUGAUAGUGUUGCCUUAUGUGAUAACUGACUUUUGAAACACAAACUAUUUACAAUGAAAAGUGGUGGCUAAGAAAUUGUAAAAGAGGCUACCUAGUUAUUAAAAAUGUGGUUGUCAUUAACUUACAUUUUUUCUCAUACCAUAGAACCCAUGUUAGUCUGUUUCUUGUUAGUCUGUUUGUAUUUUCUGUGUGUGAUAUUUCUUAUGUUUUCUUUGGAUAGCCUUCCAAAAGUGUUGCUAUUUACGUUAAAAUAUAGUUGAAGAGAAUGGCAUAUGUUGAUAUUGCUAACCUUGCUUCUGUUGCUUCAAUUUUAUUUUGAAGACAACCAGAAAAAUAUACAAGAAUUCUUAGGAUUAAGUGUAUACAGUGCCUAAAAGAACCAAGUGAACCAAGCUUUUAGUUCCUUUUGGAACAAUCGCAAUGACAUGCAACCAGUCAUGUUACAACCACUAUAAUAUUACACAUUUAUAAAUUUGUAUGUAUGUUGAUUUUCUUGUGGUAACUAAAAUCUUGGCUCAUUGAUUUCUAUUCAUCUAUUAUGAAGUCAGUACAGUUGCCUUCAGUAACUUUUCCAUAUCCAACUGAAAAUAGUAUACUUGUAUAUGUUUGAUCAAGUCAUUGCAGUAUAACAUUCAGUAUGUUACCUGAAUUUGGCAUUGUAUGGAAUGGCCAAAUCCAAGGUAUGAAAUGUGCUAGUUCCACAAGUGGGGGUAGGAUAGUCAUGUGUGAACCUGUAGCUCUUUUUUUUUUUUGGUCAAUGGAAGUCUGAAAUUAUUUGGGUAAUAUUUCUCAUAUUUGAUGCACAAUAAUUUAGUGAUUUGCUAGCUAUCUUCCAUUGAACUGAAGGAUUUGGUAGUCUGCCUCAAAUGUACAAGCCCAAUAUAAUCAGUUGAAAACUGAUUCCAUUGUAUAAACUGUGAUAUUAAUGGAAUUUUAAUUUUUUUAUUAAUUAAAGAUUACCUUUUUUUUAGACUUAUUUAGUUUUCACAGAAGAGUUGUGACCUUGUUGAUCCAGUCAUGUUGUGAAUUGAAAGCUUAAAAUUAUGGCUACUGAAUGGGGCAUUAGUACAUAAAAAGCAAGAGAAAUGUCACUUAAAUAUCUCUCUUAAUUUGUGGGCAUCAAACUUGGCUUAGGGUUCACUCCUAUCCCACAUGUGCUAUGGAACUAGACUUGAGCAUUAAGAGUAUUGUGCUUAAAUCUUUUGAUAACCAGACCAGCAGUAUGUAUAAUUUCUCAAUUAUCUUAUAUCUGCAGGUAAAACUAUUGGGAACAGAAUACAGUACUACUGUUCUAAUAGAUAUUUGCAGAAAAUCUUUCCUUGUCAAUUUGCUAUACAAAUUAUAUAUUAUAUUUCCAAUUCUGGCUGGUUGUCGUAUGUCUGUGAUGGAUGCACUUGUCUCGAUGGAAAAUCUGUUUGGCAGAAGUUGAAGAGGUUAAUUAUGCUCAUGUAUAUUGUCUUUAAAUGCCAAAGAAUCAAUUUACAUGAUCUGUACACAGGAACUUUUUUUAUAUCUUCUUUCUGUGACUCAUUAGUUGCAUUCCUAUGCUGUGAAUUGAAAAAGAACAUUCUUCUGUUUAACUACAUGUUUCUAUGCUUCCUCUGUUUGACCAGCUGCUGCCUUAGGACGGUUUCUGGACUUUGCAAUUCAUAAAAUGGACUUGGUGGGGCUGUCACCUUUUGUGGGUUUUGAAAGUGCAGGACAUAUCGAAGGCCAGCAUCUUCCUAUUUGCACAUUGCAAAAAAUUCAAAAUUUUCUGUACUUUCAGAUCCCAGUACACAUCUUUGUCAAGCAUAGAGUAAUAGUAUUAGACAAUUGAAUCAUUGUGAAGAUUUGUCUGUGUUUACCUUCACACUUUUCUAUGAAAACAUAUGAAGGUGAAUGGAGGGAAAUUUUUUUUCAAAUCUGGCUCUUUGAUGGACACACUACAUUUCUAUCCUUUCUCAUAAUUUAAGAAAUAUUCUUAAGUUAUACUCCUGUGUAAUCUGACACAAUGACAUUCUAGUUAGCAGUGUAUAUACCAGACAUUUAAUUAGAUGCAUAACAUGGCCUGUACUAUGCAAAUGAUAAGUAGACCAAACCAAUCCUUCCCCUUGCAUCUAACAGGUCCAUCAUCCUUUCAUCCCAUAUGUGUUCAGUCAUUAUGGUAAGGAAAUUUGGAAUUAUAUUAUGGUUAUUAAGGAUGAAAUCUUAUGAUUUUUACAUUUUUUUCCCCUUUCACAAUUUCACUGUACUAGAUAGUAUUUUUAAGUACUGUCUGUGGUAUAUAUUUAGAAUGAAGGAAAUUAUGAAUGUUUUUAACGCUUACUUUAUUGCCAUAAUUAUUUACUGCCAUUUGCAGAGUAUUCUACUUUAUGCACUUUCAAGAAAUUAAAGAUUUAUUUUGUGAAGUACUAUAACAAAUUCAUUAAAAAGAUUGCUACUGACAUGAUUACUAGAAUGUAACCAAGGCUUGGCUACAGACAACCUGUUAAUUGUUAUUGUGUUGAAUACCCCUAAUUUGUUUGGGUAUCAUCUUGUAAACCACUGGCUGAAAUGAGAAUGCAAAUGUCCAUUACCACACCAUUAAAUAUGAUGUUAUUUGAUGUUUUGUAAUUUAUAGUUUUGUUGAAAAGAAUACUAUGGAUUCAUUCCUAUGAGAAUACAAGAAAAGUCCAAUAAAUUGAUAACACUG